AUGGCAAGUCUCCAAGGAGCUGCUUCAUUCAAACCGAGAUACACGUACAUCGAACGGCCGUACGUUAUGCACACGCUGGUUGUGGUGUCAGUGUUGAUUCUCGCUCCGUGCAGCCUUGGACUAUCCUCGCUGUGUGAUCUGAGCGAUGCAGACCUACGCCUGGGUGGCUGGAAGGUGGUUGUGGACGAGAACUUCGCCGGCGGAGAGCUGAAUGCGUCGCUCUGGACUGGCCGCUACUCAAACUACACGGCGGGCCACGAGAACGAGGCGCAGAGCUACGUCCCAGGCAACGCACGGAUACAGGACGGAAAGCUUGUGAUCUCGACCAAAAAGGAGAAGUUCCUGAACAAGAACUACACUUCGGCCUGGAUCGACACGUCCGGUAAGUUCGAGGCGCUCUACGGCCGGUUCUGCGUCCGCGCCAACCUGCCGGGCAAGCAGCCCGGUUUCUGGCCGGCCCACUGGCUGAUGCCGGGCCGAGGGCACGAGAAGUUGUGCUGGCCCGGGCCCGGCGAGGUGGACAUCAUGGAAAUGAUCAACGGAGACGGCGUUGUGCAUGGUUCGCUGCACUACAACGCAAUGUUCCCAGAGACGCAUCAGUGCUCGUCCCCGCACAUGUCGACUACAGGUGUUCUGCCGUAUCUCAGCCUCGACCAGUACAACACCACGUUUCACGAGUAUGCCAUCGAGUGGAGCUCCGAGUCGCUCACGUACUACGUGGACGGUGUCAAGUACGUCUCGACAUAUCCCAACGACCGGGACAAGGACGGCGUUCCGCAGGUGCCUAUGUACAUCAUAAUCAACUCGGCCCUGGGGGGAGGUUGGGCAGGUCCACCCAACCAGGACACGCAUUUCCCGAUCCUUCAUACCGUCGACUACGUGCGGGUUCUCCAGUCCAGUGGGGAGGGAAAAUCCCGAGCGCACUUCACGGGCACUACCGGUGUAGAUGAGCAAGCAUUCGCACCCUUCACUCAACGCCAGGCAGAUGUGCUUCAUGACCGCGCAGCAAAGAGAGCCCAAUAA